AUGCCGUUGGACGAGCUGACAAAGAAAAGAAGAACACGCGCAGCGCACAGAGGUUCAGCAACGAAGAUAGGAACGAAGAUUAAAGAAUGUUUAGCGAAUAAGAGUGAAACGCCUCAGACAGACAAGAAUGUGCUGAAACAGCUGAGAGACACGCUGAGCGAGAAACUCGAAGCCUUGAAACUUUUAGACAACGAGAUUGUCGAGAUACUAAGUAAUAGUGAAGCCGAAGACGCAGAACAACAGCUGGAAAAGGAAAUUCAGGAGACAGAUGAUACGCGAGCUGAAUUACAAAAAAUAAUUCUCGACGUGAAUGACGCAUUGUUCGAAGUCUUGCCGUCACUACCACAAGGUCAAAGUACACCAUCGAAUCUGAGUAUGAACGCUACACCCAAACAGACUGUUCGCGCAAAGCUCCCAAAGUUAGAGGUCAAAAGAUUUAAUGGGAAAAUUCAAGAGUGGCAAGAAUUUUGGGACUCCUUUGAUAGUUCUGUAAAUCAGAAUGACGCUCUAUCAGAGGUAGAUAAAUUCGCGUAUUUGAAAGGUCUACUGGUUGAUCCCGCGCAGACAACUAUCGCAGGGUUCACGUUGACAGCAACGAACUAUAAAGUUGCAUUAGAACUCCUGAAGACACGAUAUGGGAAGAAAAUGGCGAUACAGAGAGCUCAUAUUCAAGCGUUAAUGAACAUAAAGCCAGUAUACAACGAGCGAGAUGUGCGUCGACUACGGGAAUUGUACCAUGCCUGUGAGACAAACUGCCGAGGUCUGAAAACCCUGGGAGUGGACGAAAGUUCGUAUGCUACGAUUGUUGUUCCGGAAAUACUCGACAAGCUGCCGGAAUCCCUUCGUUUGACGAUAACUCGUGGGUCAAGUGCAGGUGGAUCAGAUUUUCUAAAUUGGACGAUGAAGGAUAUUCUAAAGGCACUUUUAGAUGAAAUUGAAUUACGCGAAGCACACGAGUCAUCUACGACGAACACGUCAAAACAAGAAGGAAGGAAAUCACAGUUUCUAGAUGGAUCGGCGGCUGCUCUUGUUAAUCAUACCACCAGGGAAGGGAAGCCAAGAUGCGUAUAUUGUUUACAAGAACAUUUAUCACAAGAUUGUAAGAAAAUUCAGAAUGCUGGUGAGCGUAAACAGAUACUUCGUAAGUACGGACGGUGUUACAUAUUAGUACAAAUUACAAAUUACAUAUACAAAUUACAUAUUGGUAGUAAUUGUCUAAAUACGAGUAAAUGUAAUGCAUGCAGUAAACGACAUCAUAGUUCUAUUUGUGAGAGCCAUGCUAAUGGGUCUAUAACCGCUGACGUCGUUCAUUCCACACAUUCGUGCGUUGGGUCAGCAAAUAGAGUAGCAUUGCAGACAGCUCAGGCUUUGGUAAUGGGAGGAAAGGAGAAUGUGAGAGUGCGGGUUAUGUUUGACUCAGGAAGUCAACGGUCAUUCGUUACGGGCAAGGUAGCUCAGAAGGCAGGAGUGCCAGUAAAGAGGAAGGAAUGGGUGGAAAUUAGAACGUUCGGACAGGAGAAAGUUGAAGGGAAGUUGAGAGAAGUGUUUGAAUUGAGUGUAGCCCCAGUACAGGGGGGAGAGAGUGUUAACAUUGAAGUUUAUGGAGUAGACAGCAUUUCACAGAUUAGGAACGAGCAUGUAGAGACAAGGAAGAAAGAUUACCCACAUUUGCAAGGGUUAUGGUUUUCCGAUGUUUGUAAGACCAAGAAUAUGUUAGAAACAGAGUUACUAAUUGGCGCAGAUUAUUU